CUAUCGCUACUGUAAAUUAAAGGCUCUCGUAUUAGAACUAUUUCUUGAUUAAACACAAUAUUAAAAAUUAAUAAACGCAUUAUCGAUAUUAUCGAAUAAAUUCUUCAAAAUUGAACUUCUAUAGGAAGAUUCACCAUACUCGGAAUAGUUUUCGUAAAUUCCAAUACGUUAAUCGGAAAAGUGCCGCGAUCAUCGGAUACACAAAAGUGAGUGCAGAAAUUCGACUUAUUAACGUAUGCUCAAUUAUUGACUUUUUAUCGAAAAUCUGUCAAAUUUUUGAUUCGUUUGCUCCCCGGGGUCAUUUGGUAAAUAAUUAGAGCGCGAAAUUUCAUAUCGUGAUCUUUUUUAGAAACCACGCCACCUUCGGCGAGUCUUUUUGUCUUGAACUUGUUUCAAUUUGGUACAAAUGAAGAAGUACUCGAAAAUUUGAAAAUCCAAGAUCCUAUUCUUUGUAGAGCAUAAAUUCCGUCAUCAAUUUCAUCUGGACGUUCAAUAUGAUUCGAAAUUUGAUGAUAUUUGGUUUCGUAGUACAAUUUUUGAUUCAAAGUGGUAUUUCAUCCCCUUCGCUGAUCGUAAACCAACCAAGAAAUUCAUCGGCAGCUGCUCGUAAACCGCACCUGAGCUGCAUCUUAUUCGGCGACACCGCUUGUCAGAUCACCUGCGACGUCCUAUGUAACCUGUACGGUUGUCGGAGCCAAGCUCGAUGCAUCGAUCAAAUAUCCUGCGACUGCGGGGAGAUCUACACGGUUAAUUCGCAAAAUCUCACCGUCAGCGAGUACGAAAACCUCAACUUGACCGAACUGUGGUAUCAUAAUUUCCGCAAAUCGUUCGUAUCUAGACGACUGCUGGGCAAAAUCAGUCACGGCGACCCGGAUUUCAGUUCGAAUUUGACAGCGUUACUCCGUCAACCUCAUAUAACUGGUGUUCUGGCACAAAGCGAGCUGCUGGAAAUUCGCCCGAAAUGGUCGUUGUUGUACUUUUUACGCGCCACGGAACGAGGCCAUAUAAACCAAAUGUUCACCACUAAAGAGGGUUUCAGUCAGGAAGCGUUCAAGGCGUACUUUGACCAGACACUCGAUUCAAUCGUCAAUCGAACGUAUUCGCAAAUCGAAAAGAUGAAUAAUGCCAACGCCUUACCCAACUUACUGGUAUACCUGAGAAACGAAGACAAUAUUCGUUACAUCAUCAGCCAAAUACUCUGGUUUCCGAAUAACACUCUGCUCAAUCUGAUCAACGACUACUCGCGACGAGUCAAGUACUAUAAUCUGUUUCACUCUUCGAAUUCUAACCUAACGGUGACCGAUACGGAAAACGUUGCUUUUAACGCUCUCAAGUUAUACUUAUCCCAGGCCAUUGAAAACUUGGCGGAUCAGGUUUUCGGUAAAAUACAAGAGAUGAAACUGGACCAAGAGCUACCCAGACUGACAUCCUACAUUCGAAACAAGAACGAUAUCAAAAGCCUCAUGUCCUUAUUGCUGAUGUUCCCUCAAGAGUCGAUGUUUGAUUUAAUGCGUAACCUCAUGAUGCAGCAGCGUAACGACACAUACAUGAUUAGCAAGCGAUCGCCUCCUCAGUUAUAUAUUUUACCGAGUGAUAUCGACGAAAUGGUCACAGCCAGUGUACUGGAAAGGCUACUGAAGAUAAAAAUUCGUACCACGGAUUUGGUUGAACAGGUUGCAGAGGUUGCAGCUACAUCGACGACACCAACGACAACGAUCACAACAACACCACAGCCGACAACAGUAAGAACUGAUCCGAUUCCUGCCUCCUUUCACGAAUUCUUCAAACGAUUACUAAAACAAACGUUCGGUUUGGGCAAAUCCGAAGAUCAACAAGAGGUCAACCAACAAUCAACCAAGGCUAAAAGGAACUAUCCGGAGCUUGAAAUGCUGCUGAAGCAAUUAAUGGAAUACUUGGUAAACGCCACGAACCCCAAUAAUGACGGUGCAAAAUAACCCAGCCCAAAUAUACCUAAUAAGCCUUUAGGGAAAUAAAGGUUUUUCCAGACAAUCAAAUCGUACUUUUGUGCAGCGAAAUACGACUCAGCAGUAUUGUGGUAUAUGUUUAGUUUUUUAUUUAGGGAUCUUCGAUUGAGCAGGAGCGAAUAAUAUUUUUCAAGUGGUGAACGUGUAUUGUUUCGAGGUGUAGGUACAAGUAGAUUUUUUCAUUCUUUUUAAUGGUUUUUCUUUUCUUUUUCGUUGAUAGUAGGUAGAUAUAUUUUGUCAGAGGGGUCGAGUCUGGUAAAUAAAUGAUCACUACACAGAUUUGGA